AUAUUACUUAUCUUUCUCUUUUUCGAUGACGUAUCCUCAAGACAUAUCCAUCGUCUUGCUUUUUAAUUCUUUGGUGGCACAAAUGGUGGGGCCAAAUAAGAAACAUGUCAAACAAUCACUCUAUUUUUUCUCUUUUUUUAAAUAUAUAAAAUAUGGAAUGGCGCGUUUAUAUUAUGUCAAUAGCAGGAGUAGCCAUGAUCUACCUCACAAGUUUAUUGCUCUAUGAUGUUCCUUAUCCAACUCCUGUUUAUAUACCACACGUCGAAAAAAGCAAAAACGGUGUCUCAGAUCAGGUCAUCUUGAGAGCCAAGAAAGAUUACAUUUAUAAUACGCAGCUUGUCUUUGACCAAGAACGAAGCGAGUCUUAUUUUUACAGUACGAGCGCACUCAAAGUGGGCACUUUUGGUCGUAUCAUUCAAACAAAAAAGUUAAAAGACGGCCUAUCACAAUCCAUAGAGACAGAGUGGGAACCAUGCUUCAACCAUACCAUCGAUGGCACUAUUGUGAAUGUAUCAGAAAGUCCAAAUGAUGGAUUAAUACAAUUUGCAGUGUUAUAUCGCAGACUGGAAAAGGAUGAUCUUUUGCAUUAUGUACGAGUUUAUUAUUUUCCAAACCAGGACAGUGAUAUGCAGUAUAAGGACUUGUUUAUUCCUGGAACAACACUAGUAAAGGAGAUAUCAUUAGAAGAUGAUUGCAUAUUACUGCAUCGUGAUCCAGAUAAUUAUAGAUUUCGUAUCAUUCCUCUUCCUCAGGAUAUAACUGCACCACCACAUUCUGAAGAGAUGGGAGUCAUAUAUAUAGGUCAAACAAUCCCAGGAGAUCCUAUCAGAGCCUAUCAUCAACCCAGAGAUACUGAAGCUCACGCUGGAUUGCUUAGUAAACUAUACUCACCAAACCCAGCCAUCAUUCGUGUGCUUACCCUCGACAUCUACCAAACAACACAAGAUUAUUAUAUCAAUCUGACGAUUGUCGAUGGAACACCUUAUACAAAAGACAGGCAGAUAGGGGAAUGGACAAGACAAGGAACCUUUAAAAAUCGAGAAAGAUUCCCUAGAUACAUCAACAGUGUGCCUGAAUUCUCGCAUAUAGAUACAUAUCAACAUCCCAUCGAAAGAAUAGAGAAUCCCAUGCCAGUUCCUUUCAUGACUCGAUCAAGCCAUGGAAAAUCCUUGGUGACCUCCAUCGCAAAGCACUUUUAUACAUUUGAUUUUACCAAUAAUAUAACCAAUAGUGAUCACUUGUAUAAGCACGCCAAUGGUACGGUCAUGUCUGAAGCCUAUAAUGAUGCUGAGGACGAUACGAUGGUGGAUGAUUCCGACAUAGUGGGACUGAAACUAAAUGAGGAUGCAACCCUUUUGGCCGUUUGGACAGAGACUCACUCUGUUUAUAUAUUUAAACGUGGAGUCAGUGAUAGUGAGGAUGCGUCCAUGGGAAAAAUGUCACCGCAUAACUUGAGGAGAUCGUUGAGAUGGAAACCACGUAUGGUCAUUCAUCCUAUGGAUAGUAAAUCAGGCAAGGUUGGAUCUGUUUUAUUUUGGAAAGAUAGGACAGGCAAUAAUUAUAUAUCUGUCGGCAUGAAAAGUACCAAGGUCAACACGUAUUUCAUUGAUGACUAUGGGGAAGUCAAGGAGUGGAGUUUUACAAACUUUGUAAAGGAUAGAUAUGGUCUUGUGUGCUGUAAGUUAUAUAUUCUUAAUAUAAUCAUCUUUAUUAUCAAACACAUUAACUAGAAAACUAAUCAAUAAAAAAAGACGUAAUAUACUGACCGAGGUGCUAAGGAGUUUACUGCCGUUAUGGACAGCGCAUUAAAUCCACGGCGUUAGUCUUUUGGAGGGCUUUCAUUGCCAUAUUUUGAUUUGUAAACGAAGAUAUCAUAUAUAUAUAUAUAAUGCACUGUUCACAUUGCAACUUGUUCUCUGCGUGUUUGCCAAGCACAAUAUGCUGAGUCAACUGGUAAAGGUGCACGACAAGAUGAGCAAUUGAUAGUAAGUGCAGUAAUUGUAGCGUUGCUCAUGUGUUAAUGCAAGAUCAAGCUUUAGUAGGCUGAUUCUAGUGCACUGUUUAGACGUGCUUAUUAUUGAAGGUGUAAUAUGAAUAAGAAAAAGCAUCUAUUUACAUGUUCA